AUCAUAAAAUAAUCCGAACGAAAAAUUGCCAUUACUAGCGUUACCAUUUUUCUUUCUUGUAUUGUUGGAUGCAUUUUGAUGGAUUCGAUCCCAUGCCUUCAGGGCCUCAAUUCCCAAUCCCAGGUUCCCAGUUCGUGGUCCUCGCUUUCGUGCCCUUCUGAGCCUCCGGAUAUUGGGAAUUGGUUCUCAAGCUAUGAAUAUCGAUCACCCGGUCCGGAUUCGAAUUUUAGUGUCGAAGAUUCUGCUUUCAGCGAAGAAGAAACCCAGAGAGACGGUGAAGAAGAAGAAGAAGAAAAUGUUAGGGUUCAAGGUGAAGGGGUUGCUGGGGAGAAUGUAGUACAAUGUAUCAGAACUUGUGUUAAAGAGGAUAAUCAUAGCGAAGAUCAGUGCUUGAACACGAAUCUGGAGCCUUUCAGCUCGUUCUCACUCCUUUCUGAGCCUCCAGACAUCAGAAACUGGUUCUCGAGCUAUGUUUACGAGUCACCCGAGUCUGAUACAAGUAGUCUUUUUAGAGAUGAAGUUUCUGAAGAGAAUGAGUGUGGGAAGGAGAGGUUUGAUUUUGAAGUAGUAAAAGAAGAUGAAAGCCGGUUUGAGAAUGUCCACUCUAAAGGGCGUGUGGACCACAAUAGCUCUUCUAAUAAAAACACAAAGGGUGAUGAUAGUGCAGAAAUGAAGACAAAUUCAACUACUGUUGAUACUUCUCAUCUGGAAAAGAUUUUGCAGCCAUGCCUGCAAGAUAAGACACUGCAACAACAUAAUCUUGGUCCAACGAAGUACAAGGAGGCAUUGGGCCUUAAUCACAAAAGUCCUGGUUGUGAUCCAGAAGGACAUCUGAUGUCCCUGGAUACUGAUAGAAGUGUAAUGAAACCUCCAAAGCUGCUACAAAAGAAUGAUACUGGAGAAUCAAAAACAAAAGGUGAAAUCCAACAUGACAAGAAGCUUGACUUGAGUGCAAGGGUAGCAAAAAACUUUUCAGCAAGAAGUUCAACUUGUACCAGCAAUAAAGAAAACGAUGGUUUUGUGACGACAAGGAGGAACAGCUACACUGGAGGAAAUGAUGAAAGUUCUUGUAAGAAAGCAGAAAAGAUAAUAUUAGCAGGAGCAGUUCCAUUGGCAUGUGAAAAGCAAGGUGUUACAAAGAGAAAGGCAUUAACAGAAGCAACAAAUGUUAAACAAUAUAAUGUCAUGGGGAUAACAGGGAAAUGGCAAUGCCCACAGAAACGUAAACCUGAUGUUGGACCUGCUAUGAAACAACUUAGGCUCGAUCGCUGGGUUCGUAGAGUUUGAGUUUGAGAGAAUAUUUUUUACUUGUAAUAGUGUUGUAACGCAGAUCAAAUCUCUUGAUCACUGGAUAGAAACAUUUUAAUUGCAUUGUGUGUGAUUUCCAUUCUAUUAUUCUAGUU